UACCUGGAACUGAAUCCCGGCUGACGCGAGCUCCGGCCGUAUCUUCUAUUGUCUUUUAUCCAGACCGCGGGGCAGCCACGUAACUGCCCGCCCUGACAUGCCCCCCUUGAUGCCUAUCGAGUACUGUGGCAUGGUCCACGAACGGGACCAUCUCACCACCACCCGAGAGUCUCGCGAACGGAGACUAAGCUCCAUUAGUCUACAGUCUAGUUGGGCAUGGUCGGUUUCAGACCUUGAGACCGAUAGCAACCGGACUGUGGCUGCUGAAUGGGGUCAUUGCAAAGACUCUGCAGCCGAUCUCAGCACGCAGAACCCGGACGUUGGGGUAAAGGUUGAUGUUAUCGGCACCGACUUAUACGGCUUGCAGGCGAUGAAUGCUUCCAUCAACAUGAAAGAGAUGACUACCCCUACCCAACCGACUCCGUUUGAACGAUUCAUCAACACUCCGGAGCCCUACGAGUUGAUUGCUCUAUCAUUGCCAGUGGGCCCAAGACCCCGGACAGAGCUACGCAGGCAAGCUGCGAUCGUCGCUCUCAGGAAUGUUUGCCUGCCCGCCGCCCGACAGAGUCCGAUGACCCGAUAUUUGGCUAGCGGACUGGAGGCCCAUGAACUGCUUGCGCUCUCUCUUCAGCAGUCGAGCAAUGGACCGCCGCGUGGAACUCCGGACUAUGCCGCCCAGUACCCUGUGUCUUCUAUCUCACUGACGGACCGGUCUGGUGAAGAUGAAGAGGGUGACGAGAUCAACGAGGUUCUCCUGGCCAAGUACCGCGAGCGAAAGAGGAAACGGGCUUUGGAGCCUAUCCGUCAGCAUCGACAGGUGCGGAAGCGGCUUAGCACCUCUCCUGGACAGGAGAGCAAGGGUGUCGCUCGACGAUAGAGCACCUUGUCAUCGGAGUAG